CUGAUUCAGUUCUGCUGCAUGAUCGUUGAGGUGGCAAAACCUGAGGAUUGGAGGAUACGUUACAUCUUCAUGUCUAUUUACAUCUCUGCUCUGUUUGCCAGUGUUUACUUCAUGGUCUGCAUCUCCCUGGAAAGGUAUUUGGUCAUCGCCCACCCUCUGUGGUACCGCUGCAGACGAACCAUCAAGACCUCUGUGGUGCUCUGUGUCCUGGUCUGGGUCCUUUCUCCUGUCUGUGCCAUCGUAUUAGAUUUCGGUAAUUAUCUGGCCACAUACAUGAUCCUCACCGUCUUCCUCCUCCUUCCCUUCCCACUGUUAAUCUUCUUCCUGGUUGGGACCCUCAAAGCCCUGUCUGCUUCCAUCUCGGUCCCCUCUGAUGAAAAUCGACGAAUUGUGGGAAUUUUGGUUCUGGUGCUGCUUAUUUACACUCUGCUGUUCCUGCCCACCAUCAUUUGGUUCUUGAAAGUAUACACUGACAAUAACCGAUUGGUAGACUCCAGACUCAACCUUCUGUAUCUUACAAUUGUUAGAUUCAGUCCUCUUGCAGACUUGUCCUGUAUGUGUUCAUGAGGAAAGGGUUCAUAGACAAGCUUUUGGCCUCUGUGUGUUGCUGCAGAAUGGACAGCAAUGAU